AUGACAGUUUUCACUGAUGCUCAUCAUCAACUUGGAAUUCGUAUAACUGCAUUGAAUGGUAAAAAGAUAGAGAAGUGUAUAUCAAAAGAAGCAUAUUUCCGCAGAGAGAAUAACUAUUUGAUAAUUUUGAGCCUAGGUGUUGAGUGCGAUAAACAAUUGAUGGACAUUGUUCAAUAUGCUAAAACGAUCCCAGAAGAACUGGAUGUACAUGUCAUCAAUGCUGCUGAAGAUUAUGAGAAAGAAAUACUUCGAAUGCCUUAUGAAUUGUGUGAAGUAAGUAUUGCUGACGAUGUAAAUGAAGAAACUGUGAAAUGGCUUUUAAUCGAUUGUAAUGAAAGCAAAAAGAAGGAUAGUACGAAAUCAAGGAUCAAAUGGCUUAUUAUAUCAAUCGUUACAACGGUCACUGUUAGUAUAAUGGUCACAGUCGGAUUAUAUUACUAUCGUAUAAAGGAAAAAAAGCGAAUUAAGCAAAAACACGAAGAGCAAAAGCAACGACAACAGCAACUACAACUACAACAAUACCGCCAGCAGAUGUCUCAAAAAACAUCAUCCAAAAGACUGAAUAAAAUGACGGACUAUAAAACUCCAGCAAGUGCACGAAUCACUCAUAUAACAAAUUCUUCUGAUUCCAAAUUAACCCAAAAUGAGGAGAAAAAAGAGGCAAAGAUAGAAAUAAAGCAAAAUGAAUUAGAGGAAAUUCAUAAACGUAUCAAUCAACAAGCUGACAAAGAAUUUCAACAAGAAAAAGAAGAAUUGAUAGCAUUUUAUAAACAAGUACGGCAGUAUUUCCCUGAAAAAACGGAAAAAACACAACAACAAUCCGAAGAGAAGCAGGCAUCUGAAGAAAUCGAUUCGAACUCUUUAAAUAGCAAUAUGAGCUGA